AAAAAAAAAAAAAAGCGACGCCUGAGAGCGACGCUUGCGGAGGUUGCAGCUGAUGUACCGCUGGCUCGAAAAUGGAGAGCGACACCACUGUCAGGAGAAUAAAACAAUUCGGGACACAGAAUUGUGUAGCGGAAGAUAACGACGGCUCCCGGGACCUGUGCGGGAAUAACGGCUACAGCAGUGACGCGAAGAGGAAGCCCGAAGUGAGCCUGUACUUGCUGCGGGAAGGGCUCGCUGCUUCCCUGGUGUCUGUGUUUAUUUUGGUGCUGUGGGGACUCGUUCAUUUGUCGUUACAGCAGCUCGUCAUUGGAAAGCCGACCGGCGAGUUCAACGCAGUGAGAGCCAGACGACACUUAGAGCAGAUCACCAGCGUCGGCCCUCGGCCAGUGGGCAGCCAGGAGAAUGAAGUACUGACAGUGGGCUACUUGUUGGAGCAGAUUGAGAACAUCCGGGUUGAGACCGCAGCGGGCGCCCAUCAGCUCACAGUGGACGUGCAGCGACCCACUGGCACUUUCUCUAUUGACUUUCUUGGAGGCUUCACCAGCUUCUAUGACCGUGUCACUAACAUCGCUGUCAGGCUGGAGCCCAAGGGCGGGGCGCAGCAUCUCAUGCUGGCCAACUGCCACUUUGACACAGUGGCCAACAGUCCAGGUGCCAGUGAUGAUGCAGUGAGCUGUGCAGUAAUGCUGGAAGUCCUCCAUUCUCUGGCCAACCAGUCUACUCCUCUUCACCAUGGUGUUAUCUUCCUCUUUAAUGGAGCUGAGGAAAAUAUCCUGCAGGCCAGUCAUGGUUUUAUUACUCAGCAUCCAUGGGCCAAACAGGUGAGAGCCUUCAUUAACUUGGAGGCUGCAGGUGUUGGCGGCAAGGAGGUUGUUUUCCAGACAGGUCCAGAGAACCCAUGGCUAGUUCAGGCUUACGUUCAUGCAGCAAAACACCCCUUUGCCUCUGUGGUCGGCCAGGAGGUCUUUCAGAGCGGCAUCAUUCCGUCUGACACCGACUUCCGCAUUUACAGGGACUUUGGUAACAUCCCAGGCAUUGAUCUGGCUUUCAUUGAGAACGGUUUCAUCUACCACACCAAGUAUGACACUGCCGACAGAAUCCUGACAGACUCGAUACAGAGAGCCGGCGACAACAUCCUGGCGGUCCUGAAGUACCUGGUAAUGUCAGAGAAGUUGGCCGAUUCCUCAGAGUACCGUCAUGGCAACAUGGUAUUUUUUGACCUGUUAGGGGUAGUCGUGGUGGCUUACCCAGCGCGCGUUGGCACGAUCCUCAACUACAUGGUGGCUACAGCAACCUUCCUCUAUUUGGCCAAGAAAGCCUCACUGCCUGGCAAUGGGGGUGGUCGCUAUGUGCGAGACUUGGCCUGUGCCACAGGUGUAGCAGUGCUGAGCUGGUUCAUCACCCUGCUGUCGGUGCUGAUCGUAGCUCUGCUCGUCACUCUGCUUGGCCGCUCCAUGUUUUGGUACAACCACUUUUACGCCUCCAUCUGCCUGUACGGAGCUGCCUCCACUGGAAAGAUGAUCCUCGUACAUACACUGGCCAAGAACCUUUACUACGGGGGUGUCCGUCUGGUGGAGCUUGGUGAUCUCUACUUUGACGUGAGCUUGCUGCUGUGGUGCUGCAGCCUGGUGUGGUUGACCCAACGGGGCCUGUGUUCAGCCUACGUACCCAUGCUAAUGGUGGCCUUCCCCCUGGCCACCAGACUGCUGCUAGCCAAGGAAUUUAAACACAGAGGAGCGUCAGUGAAGUACAGUAUGCUCUAUCUGUUGGGUCUGGCGUUGCCAUAUAUCCACUUCAUGUUCCUCAUCUGGGUGGUAUUUGAGAUUUUCACACCCAUCAUGGGGCGCAGCGGCACAGAGAUACCCCCAGAGGUGGUCCUGGCCUCCCUCGUCACCCUGGCAACCAUUUUCCUCUCCUCUUUUUUCCUUCAUUUCAUCUAUUUGGUACGGAGCACUAAGUGGAUCCUGGCGGGUCUGGGCUCAGUUUUCAUCAUCAUGUUCCUGUUGGUGUCCUGCAGCUUCUUCUUUCCUUAUUCAGGCAAUCCAGACAGCCCACGGCCAAAACGAGUCUUCCUGCAGCAUACGACACGGACCUUCCACAAUCUGCAGGGCCAGGUGGAGAAUCGAGACUCGGGUCUUUGGAUCAACAGUUUUGACUACACAGCCAUACAGCACAUCACACCCCACAUCCCCGAGAUCAACGACAGUGUUCGCACCAGCUGCCGUGAGGACAGACCCUUCUGCGGUUACCCCUGGUUCCUGCCAGUGAAGUUCCUCAGCAAGAAGAACUGGUACCUUCCUGCUCCAGAAGUGUCUCCCAGCUCUCCAGUGGAGUUCAGCCUGCUGUCCAAAGAGGAGACCAGCUGGGGAACAAUCAAAAUGACGUUUAAUGUCAAAGGCCCUAGCCACAUGUCCCUGUACCUGAUGCCUCACCGAGGAGCCAGCCUCUCCACCUGGUCCUUCGGUGACGGGACGCCCCAGUUUGACCUGAGUGGAGAAUAUUUUGUUUUCUAUUCCCACGGCCUCGAUGCCCCAACGUGGACCUUCUGGUUUGAAAUACAGCCUCCCAGAGACCCGGACCCAUCAGGCCCUGAGGGAAUAAUCUCGGUCGCCAUCUCCUCUCACUAUUUCUUCGGGGAAGACCAGAGGACUGCUCAGCUGGAGGAGAUCCUCCGCAGGUUCCCCACGUGGGCUUUUCCUUCGUCUUGGGUCAGUACGUACGACAUGUACCGAUACUGAGGUCAGCACACACCGCAGAGGCUGACGCUGAGGAGAGCCGAGGGCCGCAAGGGGGCCCCCCCCCCCCCCAAGACAGACAGACAGACAGACAGAAGAGAUUUCAAGGGACAAUACCGAGAACCGGCCCUGCUGCCUUUUCACUCUGACACAAAUACGCACAACAACACACACUCACACACGCUGCCUCCCAGCCUGCCUGAGAGACCCCCAUCACUGUGUCAGUAGGCUUAGUACUGUAGCUAACCAAGCAGGAAGACACGUUGAGGCAUACCGGAGUUAAGCUGACCAGCUUACAGACUGACUAACUCACCGACCGACGCACCGGCCACUACAAGCCUCGUGCUCACUCCUGGGUUACAGAAACAAAGGGGUUAAUUUUCUUCUUUUUUUUUGUACUCAAUCUUUCGUGCCUUUGCUUUACUCACUCCCAUCUCACUCCCCCUCCCCGCUUUCUCUCUCUCUCUCUCUCUCGCUGACUUCCUCCCCCGUCGUUCUUCCUCUCUCAUGCUAACACUUUUCCUGAAUGAAUAACGUCGCAUGACUACCUCUCCCUGCUCUCUCUUUCAUCAGCAAACCACUCGGGCCGUUCUCAAACUAGAUGUUUCUCCGGCUUCCUCUGCAAAAAUAACACCACCACUAUCUGCACUGUAGUUGUAGUGGAAUACCGACGGAUCUGCUCGGGAGGGGAAACAAAGAAUGGCUUUUGUUUGACCCCUCUUCUGACUUUAACUGGAAACUUUGACACUUUGAAAGUCACCUUUUUUUUGUCAACACCACUUGUUGUAUUAUGAGCAGAUAGUUUUUGUACUAGCUAAUCAGUUAACUGUGAAGUUGCUCAUCAUGAUUCCUCACUAAGACCAUUGAUUUGCAGCACAUAUGCACACAUGCUCCUGUGUUUCGUUGAGGAAUGCCAACAAUCUGCUGUGAUGGUCAGUGAUGCAAAUGCAGAAAACUGUGCCUGUAAAAUUGAAAAAAGCUGGCUAAAAUCAAAAUGUCAAGGUGUCCGUUUUAAAAGGAAUAAUCUUCCUGAAGAUAGUAAGAUUUUGCUCAAAGGGCAAUAAGGUCUUUUCUUAAGGCGUUCGUCCUGACGUAUUCGGGCAAACCCGAUGUGUUUCUUUCAAAGCUUGACAACACCAGAACUGGGAAACAAAAGACUUGUGGCACUCGAAACGUCCUGCGAUUUAAAACGAUUCCCCGAGCCUUGAGGGUGAACGGGCGGGAAACCAGCAAUGCAAAUCCACACUCAUUCACAAGCGUCAGUGUCCAACACUUUAACGAGAAGCAGAGCGAGCUGACGAUUAUCUACGUUCACUGUUACUGUAAUAGCGUUUGGAUCUGUGCUGUGAGCUGUCUCCAGCAGCACCAAGGAAUAUCUUUUUUUUUUUUUUUUUUUUUUUUUUUUUUGGUAAUGAAUGAAAAUGAUCCGGUUCACAUGACUCUACAUGUUGGCUGCAGAUGGAGAGAAGUUAAUCAGACUUUGAUGCGUUUAGAAUCAAUUGAAUCGAACCACUAAAACAAAACAGGAAAUAGCAUGUGUGUAGCUACGUGUGAAAUUUAUCCUGAUCAAUUAGCAAAAUAGAUUUUUUAAAAUUCAAUUUAUAUAUAUAAAAAAACAGCUAAUGUCAUUAAAUACCCUUUUAUGGGUCCAUAAUUACCAAGAAGCAUGUAAGAAAUAUGUAAUUUUAUACUAAUUAUAUGGAAAAUACAUUGUUUUUAAUUGGUUUACUUCCAUUUAAUUCCAACUGAUAUUAGUUACAUUAUUCUACAGGCAAGCCAUGUAACACAUAUGGAGAAAAAGGUUUCUAAUAAUCAAUGGAUUAAUAUUUUCAUGGGUUUAAAUUGAGCUUAAAUUCCUAUUUUCCUGAUAAUUAGCACCACAUUACAUAGUCCUCUUCAGGAUGUUAUUAAGUUGCUGAGCCAUAGCAUAAUAUGCUGCCAUUUACAUGCAGAUAGUUUUAGGAUAAGAUCUGAAACGCUGCUGUAGAGAAGAAUGAGAAAGCGAUGCUACAGAUAACAAGGAGAAUCCAAGCUAAUGUGUCGCUGCACUUUGCUUAAGUUCUGACUUCACUUCUCUCUUCUCUUCAGUUGUCCUGAACUACAUACAUUAUAUCUAAAGAAUGUAAAACUAGGAGUCGAUGCUGCUGAGGACAGCUUAUAGUCUUAGCUGUCGUCCACUAAUUUUUUCUGGUGCAUGUUGCUAAUAUCUCACUCAUCUCAUGUGAAGCUGCUGCAGAGCUCAAGUAUCGCAGCCCACAGUCCAGUUAGUCUGACCUGUUUCUACACGUGUCCGCUUCACAUAAAUGGACCCCAUUGUUACAGUCAGUGUCACCACUACCUCUAUAAUGAUCAAACUUAGAGAUAACCGUUAUUAAUGAUCUUGCAAAGACUGGUUUAAAUGUUAUAGUUGGAAAGAUUUAGAUAAUAUAUAUGAGGUUGAAGAGCGAGAGAGAUUACUUUUGAUGGUCUAUAAAGCAUGUUUGUUUGAGGGCUACCUCUCUUAUAGUUAAAGAGGUCUGCUUCUGUAGUGUUUGAUAGAUGAAUCGCAUCGCUGUGCAUCCAAAAAAAAAAAACAUCUGGAUGACCGUCCCCUCCCUACCUUCAGUCCCCACACACUGAUGAAUUCCAUUAAAACACAAAAAACAAUGUCACACAGUUGCUUGCUGGCAUUUUGACCCCUUUAUAUGAUCAAAGGUGGGAUCAGGUUGUAAAAAGUUGGGAUUUUUUUUUUUUGCACUUGGGAAAUCAACUGAGCAAAAAUGAUUGUCUCUUGUUCAUUUUGUGUUACACCCGGCGACGCGUCCCCCCUGUGAUCCAUGUCGUCUGCUUCAGUCACACAAAAACGAGAAACGCCGACCUGAAGGAGGCCUUAAAGUUUCGCUUCCAAAGAGACACACAAAAUGUUUACUGUGUAACGCGGACACAAACAUCUCAGUGGUCUUAACGCUACCAAGUGCCGCAACUGUGCAGACUUUGUAUGUACAGUCAGUCGUCGUCUGUCGGAAAUCACAGCCUUCAGUAGCACUCAGCAAUUUGAAAACAGAUUGUCCUUCUAUGCUCUUUUCUUUUUAUGCAUGAUGUGUCACACGGGAAAUCACAGCGGAUUUAAAAUCAAGUUGGUGGGUUGUAGCCAAAAGAUGAUUUGAGAUGAGUUGAAGAAAACAAUAUUUCAACCAUAAAAGUUCCUCUCGGCGGCCAACAUGGACGAGAAGUCUGUAAAGAGUUAAGAAAAAAUGGAAGUUUGAACCGUCCAUCUACUGAGGAAGAUCGUGUGAUUCGAUCAAAAGCUCCAGAGUGAGAUUGUUUUGUCAAAAGUCAGCUGACUGCAGUAUAAAGACAUGUCUGGAUUCAAAGAGCAAAAAACUAAGUAUACAAGACAUCUGCUGUUAUAAACAUAACCUAUAUUAUUAUAAGAGUAAAGAAAUUAAAGUCUAUUGGUUGGCGUCUACAAUUUGAUUUGUGUAUCUUACGACUAUGAACAGAGACUCUCAUCCCUGAUGGAAAAAUACUCAGCAGUAGUUGGCAGUAAUGUAAAUUGGUUAAAACAUCAGUACGGUCCUUUUUAAUAUAUAUUCAGUAAACUCCUGCCUCUGUAAGUCUGUGCUGCUCCACAGCUGUUAGUGAUGGAGUCAACGUGAACGGCAGCAGAUACAGAAACACUAUUAGAUCGCCUCGCCGGUUCUCCUCCGAGGUUUCAACUGGCAUUUUUAUUGUGUUUUGUAGUCCAUCAGUAGAAGGUAAUGGUUAAUUAAUUAACAGGGUUGUCGAUGGAGCAGGAACUGAUGUGUUGUUUCUCUUCAGGCUGAAUCAGACAUGAACCUCAUGGUUUUAACCUUGUCUGGAAAGGAAAAUCAGUCUUUCCUUUUUACUGAAGAAAAGUGAUCAGAGCAUCUGAAAUGUUUGUUUUGUCCUGGAAGUACCUGAAAAGAAGAAACUGACAUCACAGUUAAGUCAUGUGUGUCUGACUUUGACAGAAGAUAGAUCUGAAUCUGUUUUAUUGAAAGAGCUUCAGUUGAUAUUCAGAGCGUCUAUGGGAGAAAAAGCUUUAUUAACAAAUGUAAAUUAAUAUUUUUCUAAUAAUCUGUUGUAAAGUUGAAUUGUCUUUGAUUUUUGUUGGAAACUGAUGGAAAACAAAGAAAUGGAAAAAAAAGAGUUUUGUGUAGUAAACUUUAAAAAAAUGUCUUCAGCUUGUUCAUAUGUGGUAGAUAUUAUAGGAUUUUUUGUUUAUAGUUAUAACAUUAAGUGAGAUGAUAGUCGAUGAAUAACAAAAGGUGUGUUUGUUUUUGAUAAAAGCAUAGGAGGGAGUGCUGUAAAUGUGGGACGGAGCGGGGAGAUGUAUGAUGCAAAGCUGUGAAAUGGCUCAUCCUACACGGUUGGUGCUCCCACUGUGUUUUCACCGAGCGCUGCUACAGAGCUUAACGUAGAAGAAAAAAAAACAAACUCCUUUUUAGGAUACAGUGAGUUUAAGUUGUGACAGAAUCUAACGUAUUAAUGUAAAUCCGUUUAGACCGAGAAGCCGACCAAGCACUGCUGUGUUUUUCUCGUUGUUCGGUGUAAACUCACACUCGGACGCAGCUUCGUCUUCAUCACAGUUAACACUCAGUCAAGGAACAAAAAUAAAAUCUUAAAGAUUUUAAGCGUCCACACACAAAUAUCCAUAUCAGCUUGAGAAAUAAACUGUAACAGAAAUAUAUUCUGGGAUACACGUUGAAAUGUCUUAAUGCUUGUUGUUGAUGGAUGUCUUUUUUUUUUUUUUAAUGUCAUACUGUAUUUGUUUCGUUAGUGACCUGAACUGUGUGUUUGUCAGACAUCUUCACCCAUGCCUCUUUUCAUAACUGUUAUUUCAAUUUUUGUUCUAAAAGUUAAAUUAAGAUGUGUUUUUAAACAAGACUGAUCAUUUUGUCCUUUUUUUGUGAUUGAUUUGACACUUUGAACUGCUGUUUUGCUUCUUUUUUUAAAAAAAAAAACAACAACUGCAUAUUUGUCUUUUAGUUGGGAUUAAAUGAUUGAUACUUGGGAUUAUUGGGAUUGAUCUGGUUAACAGGGUAUCCAUUUAUUGAAUGGACGGGAUGAUUUUUACAUUAUGCAAAAAGCUUGAAUUAAACUAGCACUUACAACAAUUAAAAAAAUGCUUAUUAUG